CGCUUCCUGUGCCUCGGCCUCAUUAGCUCGGUGAGGCGGCAGCGGCGGGGCGGCUACUCCUCUCUCUCUCAUCCUCACUCCGAGACCAGCGCUCACCGUGACCGACACCCCGCGGGGAUCCUGGAAGAUGCCAUCAGCCACCACUACCAAGGCUGUUCCGGGCUCCAGCGAUGCAGCGGCUGGUACCAUACACACCCAGAGUGAGGCCAUGAAACAAAUCCUGGGAGUCCUUGAUAAGAAGAUUCGUAACCUGGAAAAGAAAAAGGGCAAAUUGGAUGAUUACCAGGAAAGAAUGGACAAGGGAGAGAGAUUGAAUCAGGAUCAGCUUGAAGCAGUAUCAAAAUAUCAAGAGGUUGUUUGCAACAUGGAAUUUUCCCGUGAACUGCAAAAGAGUUUUAUGUCUCUGGGACAAGAUAUUUAUAAGUCUAUAAAGAAGGCUGUUCGUCGAGAGCAACUUAUGCGUGAUGAAGCGGAACAGAGGCGCUUAAAGACGGUGCUUGAGAUGCGUUUUUUUCUAGAUAAACUGGCUGAUGAGGAUGUGCGGAAUGACCUAAAGCAAGGGUUAAAUGGGAUACCUCUGAUAUCAGAUGAAGAGAUAACUGCCCUGGAUGAGUUCUAUAAACUUGUGGAACCUGACCGUGACCCCACUAUCAGGUUGAGCGAGCAGUACGAGCGGGCCACAAUGCACCUCUGGGACAUACUGGAUGGGAAGGACAAACCUGUGUGUGGAACCACCUACAAAGCUCUUCGGGAGGUAGUAGAUCGUGUCCUCCAGAGCGGGUAUUUUGACAGCUCUCAAGACCAGAGCCACCAGAAUGGUGUCUGUGAAGAAGAGGAGAUGCUUGCAGCAGCGCCAGUGGAAGAACAGACACCUGAGCUUGAACCGGAAACAGUGGAGGAAUAUGCUGAGCCCAGCGAAGUUGAAUCCACUGAGUUUGUGAACAGACAGUUCAUGGCAGAGACGCAGUUCAGUAGCAGCAGCGAGAAAGAGCAAAUAGACGAGUGGACAGUAGAAACCGUUGAAGUUGUAAACUCACUCCAGCAGCAGGCAGCACCCUCUCCUGUUCCUGAACCGCUCACACUAAACACCAUUACUCAAGCCCCCCCUGAUCCUAUUGUGCGACGGCAGAGAGUUCAGGAUCUGAUGGCCCAGAUGCAAGGUCCAUACAACUUUAUGCAGGAUUCAAUGUUGGAGUUUGAAAGUCAAGCAAUCGACCCAGCUAUUGUCUCCGCACAGCCCAUGAACCCAACUCAGAGCAUGGAUCUCCCACAGAUGGUUUGCCCGCCAGUCCAUUCUGAGCCAAGGCUAUCUCAACCCAACCAAGUUGCAGAUUCCACACAGGUUUCGUUGGUAUCCUCCACAAGUGACGGUUAUGUCGGCUCUCCACAGAUUUACCAACCAUCUCAUCCCUCCGAGCAAAGGACCCAGAAGGAGGCUCUGGAACAGAUUCAGGCUUCACUUUCCUUAAGUCCUGACCCAACACAGACCUCCUCAUCUCUUCCUGCUGCUUCCCAACCUCAGGUUUUCCAAACCGGGUCCAACAAGCCUCUGCACAGCAGCGGGAUCAAUGUUAACGCUGCUCCAUUCCAGUCAAUGCAAACUGUUUUCAAUAUGAAUGCCCCUGUUCCUCCUGUGAAUGAUCCAGAAACACUGAAGCAACAAAGCCAGUACCAGACUAGCUACAACCAGACGUUCCCCGGCCAGCCACAUCAAGUGGAACAAUCAGAACUUCAACAAGAACAGCUUCAAACAGUGGUGAACACUUACCAUGCAUCUUCAGAUCCAUCACACCAAACAUCUGCUGGACACCCGCAGGCUGCGCAGCAGAAUUCUGGAUUCCCACGGAACAAUCAGCCGUUCUACAACAACAGAGGAAUGACCCGAGGAGGACAGCGUGGCAGCAGAAACCUGAUUAAUGGAUACCGGGGUCCCUCUAAUGGCUUUAGAGGAGGAUAUGAUGGUUACCGUCCCACUUUCCCGAACACUCCAAACAGUGGUUAUACCCAGCCUCAGUUCAGUGCUCCCCGCGAUUACUCCAACAACUACCAAAGGGAUGGAUAUCAACAAAAUUUUAAACGUGGUGCCGGCCAGGGAGGUCCUCGGGGAGCCCCUCGAGUUCGAGGAGGGCCCCCAAGACCCAACAGAGGAAUGCCACAGAUGACCAGCCAGCAAGUCAAUUAGUCAGUCACCGAUGAGCUUGCAACACCAAUUGGUGUGUUGUAUAUGUUACCGGAAAAGUUACGUUUAUAUAUCUUUUUUUUUUUUUUUUUUUUUCUGCCAGGAAGUCUUGUUUUAAAGGGACUGGUUUUUUGUUGCCUGAUUUAGACAAGACUGCAGUUGUCUGCUUAAUAUUAACAGGAUAUGUGAAGAAUCUACAAACCAUAUUCUGCAUGUUCUUCCUGCUUCGUUAAGAGCCAGUGACCGCUUCACCUCUUCCUGGUUACGAAGGAGCGGCACUGACUGACUUUCAUUAGUAAUCCUGGUUAACCAUUUAAUUAGCCUUUUUUUUUUCCCUCACUUUGUAAUUUGUUAUUUAACUAACCACUUGGGGUUUGAGCUUGGGAAAAAUCUCUAGCGCCCCCUCUCACCCUGGAUCAGUCGAUAUCGUGAUAUUUUGGUGGUAAUGCACGGUGCCCUGUGGUAGGCAAAGAUUCAGCCCAAGAGAUUUAUUUUUUAUAUAUUUUUUUUCCUCUGUUGAUGACACAUCUUAAAAUUUUUGGAAACAUUUCAGCUUUUUAUUGGCAAUUACAAUAAAAUUAUGUAAAAUGGGAGUUUACUUCCACCCA